AUGACAACUGUGGUUCCUCAAUGUUCGAGAUUUGGCCUUCGUCCGACCCAACAAUUCUCAGGGCUUUCUAGCAGUUUCCGGUUUGUCAAGGAAGAGAAAUGGGUGCUGCAGUUGAACCCGGGAAAGAAAUCAUCCCCGUUGUUGAGGAACUCAACGGUCCUGAUGAACUUCAUGGGCGCGAGCAGAACGAGGAACAAGAUAAAUCCAUCCAAGUAUUCCUCCGUGUUCAACACUGACAACCUUCUCAACGAGUCGAACGGGGUUUCAUUUGAUCAGUACUUGGAAGACACACCCAGAGUUCUCAAUGCUUUGUUUCGGGAGGAACAAAGCCAACAACUCGACCAGGAUGUUUGGAGAAUCGAGAUGUUGCCUGUACAGCUGUUGUUCUUGACUGUCACACCAGUGGUCGAAAUGCGAGUAAAAUGCCAACCAAGUGGAGAAGUUUGCCUCCCGCAAGUUCCUCCGGACAUAGCAAACGUUCUCAAUUUCAGCAUUAUGAAAUGGGUGCUUCAUGGGCUUAAUGUCAAGCCGUCCCACUUCGACUUUUCCGUGAGAGGAGUGAUAUAUCCGGAUAGAAGGCAGUUGCAGCCUAGGCUCAAGGGCCAUCUGGAGAUGGACAUAAGCUAUUCUCUUCCCCCGACUCUCUCAUUUGUCCCGAAGGAUCUCCUAUCCAAAGUUUUCGAAGAGGGGAUAAAGAAAUUGGUCUCGUACAUGAGCCGAAACUUGCUCACAGACUACAACAACUAUCGAAGAGAGCUGCUCAAAGACUGAUUUUAGUCUGGCCAUUGAAGACAUUGAUGGUUAUACAACAGCUACUAAUCGCUCAAUUGAUCAAAAGAUCGAAUGACUCAGAGGAAUCAUUUGCUUGAAUUGCUUCAUAUGUAACAAAAAAAUUUGUUUACCUAUCCAUACUUAAAAGUUAGCUUUUAUCUCAUUUUAGUCUGGAAAAUGUAUUAACUAGGUGUAACCUCUACGUAAA